GCCUUAAAAGUGCUUUCAGCCACUCUCGUAUAUUAUGAAGGCGCGCCCUGGUACCUCUAGGAGCAGAGACAUCACCCGGUUCCUAGGCUUUGCAACGUUGUUGUCGCUGUCUUUCGACGGGUUCGUUUCUUUCCCCGUCUUUUCUUAUUGUCUAAUCUGCAUACAAUUGGGUGUUGUAGGACGCGUCGUUCGUCGAUCUUUCGCGAAAAGUGCCAGGGUCCCUUCAUUCAAUGUUGAAUCCGACUCUCCUUUUAUUAGCCUCGGCGGCCCUCGUCGCAGCUCAGACCCGCACCACCAACGAGCCCUGCGCUCUCGUCGCAGCCCGACUUCCACGCACAUCCGGGCUUGUUACAGCUCAAGCAGCCUUCGACUGUCUGAAUUCUGUCCCGGUCAAUACCCAGGGAAAUUCCAAACUCAUCGAUGAACUAAAACUGGUUUGGCAAUUCCAGUCCGAGCUGGAAUGGUUAAAGAACCCAGGACGCGAUUGGGAAUACGGUGCCCUAGAUAUUCAGGGUGAAUUGGACAAGGUCAAGAGCAACCUCGGCUCAUAUCCGAGCGAGUAUGCUGUUCAGCUGGCUAUUCAAAAUAUUACAAUCCGCACCGGCAAUUUCCAUUUCAAUUAUGCGCCCGACAUCCUACAAGUCUUCCGCUUCAGACGGCCGUUUAAUGUUGCGUCCAUCUCAUCGGACGGCAAAGCGCUCCCCAAGCUAUAUUUUCAUGACGAUGUCGCAGCAUUGGCUAGUGACAGGAAAGGCGUCUCGGACAUAAAGAAGAUCAAUGGGCAGGACCCGUAUGAUUUCCUCAAAUCAACCUUCUUUGCGCAGUACAUUGAUUCCGACGGGCAGAUGAACAACAUGUUCAGCAAGGGUGACACCGACAACGCUGGCUCAUUUUCACAGCAGAGAAAGUUUGAUGGGAACAGCACCGACGUGACUUGGACAAAUGGAUCAACGAAUUCUAUUCUCAACAUUGCGACAACGGAAUUGGACUUUUCACGGGUGAGCGACGGACAGUCUUUCUUUCGCCAGUUCUGCACUGGUGGAUUGACUGGCGCGCGGUCUUCUUCCGCCAACACAAAGGGCGUCAUCUCUCCCCGUGCCCUUGGACCCGUUCCCCGAAUCCCAACAGGAAUCUACCACCGCCGCAACAAGCGUCAGACUAUACCUACAACGGGCACUUAUGCGUCUGCCGUUGCUGAGGCUUCUAGCGGUGUUGUUGCUGGUUACUUUCUGAACGGCAAUGGGUACGGCGAUGUUGCCGUACUCAAGAUUAUUUCUUUCAGCAAUCCGGAGCCCAAGAGCAUUGAUGAGAAUGCCUUCAACAACGAAUUCCAGUCCACCAUUCAGGCUUUCCUUCGACGAUGCAUAAGUGAGAAGAAGCAAAAGCUCAUUAUAGACUUGCGCGAAAAUGGUGGUGGCAAUACAAACCUCCUACUCGACGCAUUCAUGCAGUUGUUUCCCGAUAUGGAGCCGUUCUCUGCCCAGCGGUAUCGAGCUACGGAUGCGUGGGUCAAGAUUGGUGCUGCUGUCAAUGAGAUCCGUGGCAACCCAAGCUUAGCCAGACAGUAUAAGCAGUUUUUGGAUCAGGACAUUGAGGAUGGAGAGAUCUUUCGCUACUGGUCGUGGUGGCACUUUCGAACUGCUGGAGGUGAGAACUUCAAAAGCUGGGAUCAAUUCAACGGGCCGCUUAAAUUGAACUCUGACAAAUUCACCGCCACGAUGCGUUAUAAUUACUCUAGCGCAGAUCACGUCUCCAUCCUCCCAGACGGCUUCAACUUCGUAAACGGCACCCGCGAAACCCCCUUCAAAGCUUCCAAUAUCAUCAUGUACACUGACGCUUUGUGCGGUUCCUCCUGUGCCUCCUUCCACGAAGAGCUCAAGAACAUCGCAGGCAUUAAAGCCGUUACCGUCGGUGGCCGCCCCAUCAAUGCACCCAUACAAACAGUAACUGGCACAAAGGGUGGCGAGGUCAUCCCGCUGAUCCAGUUCCCGACGUACGCCGAACUCGCUCUGAAUGUCACCUCUCUUUUCAAGCUCGCGUCCGUCAAGGCCAACGAUGCCGUGUUGACAACAUUGGCGAAUAUACCGCAAAUUUCCGUCAGGGCUGGUGACUCCUCGUCUCGCGCACAGAGCCAGGAUCAAAUCAGGAAAGGAGACAAGACAGCCACACCCCUACAAUUCAUCUACGACGCCUCCGACUGCAAGAUCUUCUACACAGCAGAUACGUACGCGGACCCUGAUGCGGCGUGGAAACAAGCAUGGGAUGCGUUCCAGGAUGACUCCAAAUGCGUGAAGGGCUCAACCGGCCACAAGAGUUCCAUCUCUGGAGGCUUCAAGCCGUAUGGGGCUGGUGAACUUAAGGCUGAGGACCAGCCCGAUGAGCCUGCUGCUGACUCGACAAACGACGCGCUGAGCGCAAAGACAAGCAGUCUGGCCGCCGCGGUUGCUGCUGUGUGCUUUGCGGUGAUGCUGUAGAUGGGUGACGAAGUGUGAAUAUUUGCGUAGAAUUUUCGCAUAUAUACUUGAGACUUGACAAGCGGUUUGAACAUAGGGAUUAGGAAUACUGCUAGGAUAUGAUACCACUUUACGAAACUGUAAUGACUACAUGAUUCUCUCAAUGACAUAACAUGAAAUCCACGAAUGUGACAAGAGUCGCGAGAUCCUGACAUGUUCAUCUAAGUUGGAAAGAAGACUUUAGGCAAUGAUGAGAGCGGAGUAAACAGUGUAAAAUAGCGGGUUCAACGGAUAUGAGCGCGGGUAUGUGCAGCGAUGCGGUUUUUCGGUAACGGCAGGUAAGGG